UGUUAUCAAACCACGGCGUGCAAAAGUGCAAAGGGAACGUUUUGUGUUCGAUUUCGUUUCCAAACACACACCAACACAAAGCGUUGCGCAGCAGAUGAACAAAGUCUUCGAGUUUGCUUUGGCGUUGAGUCGCUUGUUAAGACAUUCCUGUGAGGAUUGGGCCGAGAUUAGUCUCUUUAUGCUUUUUCACGUGAAAGAGCCUUUUUAAAGUCCCGCACUUUGUUGCAGACGCAACACAACUAGAGGAGGGAAAAGCAGAAAGGUUCUGGGGUAAAGUUACAAUUAUUUUAUUAUAUCAUGGCGUCGUAUUUGUUACCGGAGGGUUUCACGGAGUUUGACAUGUUUACAUUCGGAUCAGCGCUGCUGGUUGGGGGUUUGCUUGGAUUCAUACUUAAUGCCAUCAACGUCGUCUCCUUCCUCACUGUGAAGGACCUGCGGACGCCCAGUAACUUCUUUGUGUUCAACCUUGCCUUGGCUGACAUCAGUCUGAACGUCAACGGACUCACCGCUGCCUACGCCAGCUACCUCAGAUAUUGGCCAUUUGGUCAGAGUGGAUGUGAAUAUCAUGGAUUCCAGGGGCUGAUAUCUGUUCUGGCAUCAAUCAGUUUCAUGGCAGCUAUUGCUUGGGACAGAUACCAUCAAUAUUGCACCAGGCAGAAGCUUUUCUGGAGCACAACACUGACAAUGAGCGCCAUCAUCUGGUGCCUGUCCAUCUUCUGGGCGGCCGUUCCUCUGAUGGGCUGGGGCGUCUACGACUUUGAGCCCAUGAGGACUUGCUGCACGCUGGACUACACCAGAGGCGAUAGGGACUAUAUGACCUUCAUGCUUACUCUGGUGCUGCUCUACCUGAUGUUCCCUGCUCUAACCAUGCUGUCGUGCUACAGCUCCAUCAAUAAACACUUCAAGAAGGUCCAUCAUCACAGGUUUAACACCAAUUUCCCCCUGAGGAUCAUGUUGAUGUGCUGGGGCCCCUAUGUUCUCAUGUGCAUCUACGCCUGCUUUGCAGAUGCCAAGGUUGUGUCUCCAAAACUGCGCAUGGUGCUUCCAGUUGUUGCGAAAACCAAUCCUAUUUUUAACGCCCUCCUCUAUGGUUUUGGAAAUGAGUUCUUCCGAGGAGGUUUAUGGCAGUUCCUCACCGGACAAAAGAUGGUGAGCCCAGCCAUUCAGAAGUCAAAAUAAAAGGUCAUUCAUGUCCCUGAAACGAUCAAUGUAUUAUAGUUAGACAAACAAUAUCACUGAAAUGCUGUGGUACGUUUACAUGUAGUAAAAUGACCAUAUGUGCAAUAGAAAAAAAUAGGUCUGCAUCAAAAACUCUUAUCUUAAAGUUGUCUUUCUAAUCUCAUCUCAUGAGUUCAUGUUAAACUAUUGACUUGUGAAAACACUGCUGCUUUUUUGUUGUUUUCAACUUAAAUAAACAAGUUACUUUGA